GAGUUGCUCCGCGGCAGAGAGCACGUGCCGUUCAAACUCGACGCGGUGAUUGGCAAUCUCGGUCUCAAAAGUGUCAAACGAAUCGCUGGUAGAGUCAUUUUUUCCGCAGGAUCCGUGCACAGCCUCAGCAAGCAGGAUCAGCUGCAGCAGCAAGCAGCAAAGCCAAUGAUCCUCCCGGUCGUCCUCGUCCUCACGGCGGCCGACGCAUUUCUCGCGCCGCCACGCGUCCGCACAGUACCAAGCCGCGGCGCCACCGAGGCGCCUGAGCUCGACGACGCCGACCUCUCCGCGCUCUCGACGGCCGCGACGCGGAUGCAGCUCGAGCGGCGCUUCUCGCGCAGCGUGACGCGACGGCGGCGCAUAUAUUUGCCCUACGCCGACGCCGCGCGCUGGGCUCGUGGGCUGGGCUUAUCGUCACGUGAGGACUGGGAGGAGUGGGUCGGCCUCGGCGAGGGCAAAAACGCCUACGUGCCCAGCCGCCCGGCGGACUACUACGGCGGCCGCGGCGAGUGGGUGUCCUGGGCCCACUACCUCGUCGGCGGCGCCGACGCCGACGCCGCGCCGGCGCCGCCGCCGGAGGUGCUCCCUCAAAAUUACUUCGCGGACCUCGACUACGCGGGCGACGCGGUGCCGUGGGACCUGCGCGGCCGGCCGCAGCCCGCCGUCCGCAAGGCGUGGGCCGCGGGCGCUUUCCGCAAUUGUCGGGAGAUCCUCGACUGCGGCUGCGGCGCCGGCGACAACGCGAACUACCUCGCGAGCCGCGGCCACGCCGUCGUCGGCUUCGACCUGUCGCCGUCGGCCGUCGCCGCCGCGCGCGAGCGGGCCGCGGCGCCGCCGUUCGCCGACUCCAUCGCCGACGCGGGCGGGUCCGCGCGCUUCGAGGUCGCGUCGUGCGCGGACCUCUUCGACUCGCCGGUCUACGCGCUGGCCGAGGAGAUCGGCGGCUUCCCCGUGGCGCUGGACUCGGCGCUGCUGCACUGCUUCGACCUGUGUAGAAUCUUUACAUCAUCGAGCAGAUGCAGUUACGGGGACUGCAUCGGAUCGAUGGCGUGGGGCGUCCGAAAUUUGAUUUUCACACAGGCCUUGACGACAAGAUGCAGCGGCGCUACGUCGCGGAGCUCGCCAAGGUCGUCCGGACCGGCGGCCGGCUCUACGUCGGCUGCUUCAGCGACGCGAACCCCGACCCGUGGUCGAACCCGCGGCGCCUGUCCGAGGCGCACCUGCGGGCGCUCUUCGCGGGGCCCGCCUGGCGCGUCGAGGCCGUCGAGCCCGCGUGGUACGAGCGGCCGCGGGCCCUGAACGAGGGCCACCGGUCGGGCGCCUGGACGAUGGCGUGGUGGUGUCGGAUUUGUAGGUUGGGGGCUAUGUAA